CUAUCGAGCAGGGUCAGAGGGCUGUGUCAGAAGGCUGGGCAGCCAUGGCGUCCUAUUUCGAUGAACACGACUGCGAGCCGUCGGACCCUGAGCAGGAGACGCGAACCAACAUGCUGCUGGAGCUCGCAAGGUCACUUUUCAAUAGGAUGGACUUUGAAGACUUGGGGUUGGUAGUAGAUUGGGACCACCACCUGCCUCCACCAGCUGCCAAGACUGUGGUUGAGAACCUCCCCAGGACAGUCAUCAGAGGCUCUCAGGCUGCUCUCACCCUGCCCUGGGCCCAGUACUCAAGCUUCUUUCUGUUCAUGGACUGCUGGGGGAUGGAAGAAGAGUGGCAGAUGGGAGCAGGGGAGGGUGGUUAUCAGCUUAUGAAGAUCAGACCAAGGCUAGAACACUACUCUACUUUUCUCAGACAAAUUCCUGUCCCUUGUGCCGCCAUGAGCUGCCCACUGAUGACGACACUUACGAGGAGCACAGACGAGAUAAGGCUCGAAAACAGCAGCAGCAACACCGACUGGAGAACCUCCAUGGAGCCAUGUACACGUGAGGAGGUUGGGGCUGAGUGCUAGCCCUCUGCGUCUUCCUUAUUAACCUUAAAUCCUCAUUAAAGGUUUCUUUACCCACC